UUUCCUAACUCUAGUUUGAAGGUUGAGAGCACAACUUUCGCAUUAUAUUCAGCCCAAUCCUUACCAAGUUACUGUCCUUCAACUACCCUUCCUUAUUCACUUCAUGGGUGUCCUGGGAGCUCCUAAAGACAGCACCUUUUGUUUUGUAUCCUUCAAAUCCCAACACCCUUUGGUCCAACAAGUCUAAGUUUUGUGUCUUGUUACUCAAUUGACCUUGUGUUUGAUCAUUUCUUUGUUUUUUUGGGAUUGUUGAGAAAGAAGAUGCAGCUUGAUCUGGAAUCACUGUCAGAAGCUACUUCUGGUGCCAUUGGGUCACUUGUUAGUACCACCGUCUUGUACCCUCUUGAUACUUGCAAGACAAAAUAUCAAGCUGAAGUUCAAGCUCAGCAUCAGCGAAAAUACAAGAGAAUUUCUGAUGUUUUAUGGGAAGCAAUUGCUACCCGUCAGGUGCUAUCACUGUACCAAGGCCUUGGGACAAAAAACGUUCAGUCCUUCAUUUCGUCUUUCAUUUAUUUCUAUGGAUACAGUUACUUUAGGAAGCUGUAUUUGAAAAAAAGUGGAAACAAGUACAUUGGAACAGCAGCAAAUUUGAUUGUUGCCACCGCUGCUGGGGUCUUUACGAUAGUAAUAACACAACCCUUAGAUACAGCAUCCUCGCGGAUGCAGACAAGUGAAUUUGGAAAAUCCAAGGGAUUCUGGAAGACCCUUUCAGAGGGUACAUGGAGUGAAGCAUAUGACGGACUUGCCAUUUCCAUUCUUUUAACAACAAAUCCAUCCAUUCAGUAUACUGCAUACGAUCAGCUGAAACAGAGAAUAUUAAAGGGCAACAUAAGCAAUAGAACAGGUACAAAGUCAUCCCCAGAAGCACUGUCUGCAUUUUCUGCUUUCGUGCUUGGUGCAGUUUCAAAAUGUGCAGCUACGUGCUUGACAUACCCAGCUAUCAGGUGUAAGGUCAUGAUUCAGGCUGCUGAAUCUGAUGAUGAUAAGCAUACAGAAGCUGAGAGGAAGGCACAGAGGACAAUCUCUGGAGCUCUCUAUACUAUUUGGAAAAGAGAAGGCGUAUUGGGAUUUUUCAAAGGAUUGCAGGCACAGAUAUUGAAAACUGUUCUUAGCUCUGCAUUACUUCUGAUGGUAAAGGAGAAGAUCGCAAAGUCCACAUGGAUUCUAAUGCUCAUGAUUGGAAGAUACAUGUCUGUGAAUUCCCCCAAAAUGAAGGCAAUUUGAAUGUCAUGAGUAAUUCUUAAAACAACUUUUCAUCCAAGAAUAUGCUAAAAUUUGCUUUGUUUUCCAUGGAGUAAAAUAAUGAGAGUGUAGCUGGCAGUUUAGACUGCCUUUCUGAAGGAGUGCCAACAAUGACAUUUUAGACCAAUGGAGUCUGACCAUCUGUUAUGCUUUUUCUCUCAUUAGACCUUAGCCUCAAAGUAGACUUGUUUAUA